AUGCUAGGAAGGAUUUCAAAUACUGAAGGAUUGAAUCGUUCAUCAUAUGAAUUAACGACUAGUGGACUUUAUCGUAAUGAUAAUACUACUAGUCGAGUUGAUCGAUAUAAAUAUAAUCUUAGUUCUUACGAUGUUUUAGAACCAAUGGCUGAUAAAUAUGCUUCAAUUGAAACUACAGUAGCAGCUCAUGAAUGGACUAAUGAUACGGUGAUUAAUACAAAUAGUCCACAAGAAACCAAUUAUUAUCUGGAAAAAUCCUGUACGGAUAUUUAUCGCGAUCCUAAUCCAAAAAUUAUUCGACAGCCACUAAAACAACGAGUUCUUGUUCGAUAUCUUCAACUACCAAGUCUUCCACCACCAGGACCACUCAUUAUUAAAGAAGUGCGUCCACCACCGCCACCUCCACUUGUCAUACGCGAACAUGCAUCAACUCUUCGCCAACAACCCCCACUUAUCUUACGUGAACGGCCACCAACACUACCAAAACGUAUUCCUAGUGAAAGAAUUACUCGUCACUUACCUGCCAUGCCUACUCCACCACGAUCAGUCAUCAUUGAACGUUAUCCAUCUCUUGCAGAGAUACCACGUGAUAUUAUAAUUGAGCGAUGGAUUCCCUAUGGACCUCAACGUCAAAAUGAACGCCGUACAGUUGUUGAACGUGCUCCUCCUGCUAUAGAAUAUCCACCUCCACAGAAUACGAUUGUUAUUUAUGGUAUGUAUGCUCUUCGCCGAAAAAAACUUCGUCGAAACCCAGAAAAUCCUGCCGAUUAUAUAGCUCGUUAUGGGGGAUCACUUCUAGAUUCAGCGACACUUGUUCAAAUGGCUCGUAAUGCUGGUGUUCAUGAAGAUAUAUCGCCUCCGGACACUCAUCUUGAAUAUAUAUAA